AAUCUCCCGCUCCUCUUACUCCAAUUCACUCUUUUUUUCCUCUUUCCUUUUUCUCUCGCCUACUGUUUAGUUUUUACCCAAUUUCUCUUCUCCUCCACAAAAAUCCCCAUUAUUCUUCUCCAUUUUCUUGUUAAAUCCGAUUCCCCAAAUUGAUUAUUGAUAACGAACCCUAAAUUUAAUUAAAGAUGUCAGCAACAUCAGUUCGGCGAAUCAAAGAACGGGGAGGUGCUGGAGGAAAGAUCGCACUUUCAGUACCCACUAAAUCCAAACCUUCAACUCCGAAUUCCGAAAAGUUAUCUGUUAUUACAAGUGGAAGGAAAUCAAUUGGAAAGGAAAAUCCGAACCCUAAUCCUAGAUCAGUUGCUAGAGUUUCAGGUACAGCUCAAAAGCCGGUGAUUCGGCAGAUGCCCAGAGUUUCUGAUGUUGAACCCAGGUCAAGAUCUCGAGGUAGGAGCCCUAGUCCUUCUGAUUUUAAUCGAAUUUUGUCAGAUAUGCAUAGAACUAGGGUUUCUUGUAGUGAAAUGAAAAAGGAUGUUUCUAGUUUCAAGGGAGGAGAUGGAUUUAGGGUUUUAGAUAAAAAGGGUUUUAAAGAAAUGAAUAAAAGAAUAGUUGAAAAGGGUGUUAAUGGAGGUAGGGUUUCAAUCGACCGGAAAGAUAAUAAUAAAAGUAUUGGUAAAAAGGAGGGUAAUUUGCCUUCCAUUAAACAACCUGCUAAUGAUAUUAGUAAUUCAAGAAUUGGGCGUGCUAAUGAGAUUAAUGAAGAUGGAAACUUUGAUGCUAUUGUAAUGGAAAAUGUGAAUCCAAGUGUUGUUAUGAAGAGUAAUGGUGGUUUGAAUAUGGAGAAGUGUGGCGCAGAGUUAAGCGCAAAAGGGUUGAGUGUGAAAACCACCAUUUAUUCCAAAGGUUUGGAUGUUUCUAAAGAGAAAGGAGUAAAUGAGGAGGGUUCUAGUAGUCGUAUCGGUAAUAAGAAUGCGAGUAAGUUGCAUGAGAAGCUCGCGUAUUUAGAAGGAAAAGUAAAGAGGAUUGCUUCGGAUAUUAAGAAGACUAAGGAUAUGCUAGAUAUGAACAAUACUGAUGCAUCUAAAGUGAUACUUUCGGAUAUUCAAGAGAAGAUUUCGGGUAUUGAGAAAGCCAUGGGGAAUGUUAUUGUUGAUUCAAAAGAGGUUGUAACAGCUGAUUGUUCUAUUAAUUCUGAUGAUUUGAAAUGCAAUGAGAGUGAUGGGUUAUGUAAAACAAAUGAUGAUGAUCACGACGUGCAAGCUGAUUCUUCACAAGUACCUGUGAAAGGGUUAAACAGUGAAGAACUCGAAGCAAGGCUUUUCCCUCAUCAUAAAUUGUUGCGAAAUCGUAUCACUCAGAAAGUGGCACAAUCUAGUUCCCAGAUGGAUAAAAUCCAUAAUAAUGGGUCAAAUUCCAUGAAGGAAUCUGAGAAUCAUGUUGACGAAGAUCCUAUAGAACUCGCUUUCCUGGCAUCCUUAACUAAGAUGCAGCCUGAAGUUGAUGUAAAAGAGGUAGAAGUUACAAUGGAUUGUAAGGAAGUUCAGGAAGCAGGUGAUACUGAAAGUUCAACUGCACGAAAGCGUUCAGGUUCAUGUAGUGUAAAAAAUAAGGUUGAACUAGAAUUGGAAGCUGAUGAGAAACUCGAUGAAUUUGACGAGCAAGAGAAUAAGCAGUCGAUGAUGGUCGACGAGGACAGGGAUGACGACUCAGUGUCCCAGUUAAUUGAAAUUGGGCGCAAGACAUCUACAGGAGGAUGGUUUGUCUCAGAGGGAGAAUCAGUUCUUUUAGCUCAUGAUGAUGGUUCUUGUUCUUUCUACGAUAUUGCUAACCACGAGGAAAAAGCUGAAUAUAGGCCACCAGCAGGAAUUUCGGAAAACAUGUGGAGGGAUUGUUGGAUAAUUCGUGCCCCUAGUGCUGAUGGUUGCUCCGGAAAGUAUGUGGUGGCUGCAUCUGCUGGAAAUACCAUGGACUCAGGGUUCUGUUCAUGGGACUUCUACACCAAAGAUGUGCGAGCUUUCCACAUCGAGGACAACACAACCAAUCCUCGAGUAGCACUAGGACAGUUAGCUGAUAACAUUAUGUACAGAAGGAAUGCUCUAUCAAGCGGCAUGUCUUCUGAGAAUCGACAAUGGUGGUAUAGACCUUGCGGACCCUUAAUUAUUUCAACUGCAAGUUGUCAGAAAUCUGUUAAAGUGUUUGACAUCCGUGAUGGUGAACAAAUUAUGCGGUGGGAUGUUCAAAAGUCAGUACUACCGAUGGAUUAUUCUAGUCCAUUGCAGUGGAGAAACAGAGGAAAAGUUGUUAUAGCUGAAUCAGAAGCUAUUUCUCUGUGGGAUGUGAGCUCACUGAAUCCCCGAGCAUUGUUAUCUGUUUCCACUUCUGGUCGUAGGAUAUCCGCUCUUCAUGUGAAUAAUACCGAUGCUGAAUUGGGUGGAGGUGUUCGUCAAAGAGUAAGUUCGUCUGAUGCAGAAGGAAACGAUGGAAUCUUCUGCACUGCGGACUCCAUCAAUGUCCUUGACUUCCGUCAGCCAUCUGGUAUUGGACUUAAGAUCCCUAAGAUUGGUGUAAGCGUUCAGUCCCUCUCCUCUCGAGGGGAUUCAAUAUUCCUUGGCUGCAGUAGCGUUAUCUCAGCAGUAAAGAAACAGGUGCAAUCACAGGUUUUACAAUUGUCUUUACGUAAACAAAAGAUCGUGAGCACGUAUAAGUUACCUGAAUCGAAUGCUCAUUCCCAUCACAAGGCACUGACUCAAGUUUGGGGUAACUCUAGCACGGUUAUGGCUGUUUGUGGACUUGGGUUGUUUGUUUUCGACGCUCUAAAGGAUGAUGGAUUGCCUUCAUUUGUUAGUGACUACACUAGUCCACAGUCUGCCAUCGAAAUUCUAGGACCGGAUGACUUGUAUUCGCCAUCAUUUGAUUGUGUUUCUUCUCAAAUUCUGCUGAUUUCAAGAGAUCGUCCUGCAAUGUGGAAUCACUUGCAAUAAACACGAUGUACUAUAGAGUAUCUCACUCGUUCUUGUAAAAUAAAUCGUGUAUUUUUGUUGAGUACAACUGUGUUAUUUAGCGUUCGUGUUUAUGAGCUGAAUGAGAUUUUAACGACGUUUGCUUGUGAGUUUUUAAUACAUGGCUAGUGUCUUGAUUGAUGUUUUUUCAUAACUCGUUUCGAGAACUUGUGCGAGACGAUCUUUGUUAAAGAGUUGGGGUCAUCAACUUUCUCUCUUAGGGGGUGUUUGGUAUUGGAAAGAAAAAAUGUAAUGGAAAGGGAAUUGAUAAAGAGGGGUAAGGGUACAGGUAUGGAUUAUGGUUAUUUGCUGUUUGGUAUAGCCAUGUAAGGGAAACACUUGUUUACCUUUCCCUUGUUUUGUUUUGAUAUUUAGUUACUUGCUUAAAUUUUUAGCGUGACAUUGUAAGUAACAAAUCAAAUGAACAAUAUAUAUCAAAAAAUUAUA